AUGCAUGAUUUGGUAUCUACAAUAGUAGCUUUUGAUAUUAGUGAAGAGACAUUCAAGGAUUGCGGAAUAAUAGAAGGGCCUAUGAUACAACCACCAGAAAUCUAUGAUGAGGAAAAUAAUAAUAACUUGGGUGUCUUAGGAGGGCUGCUUUGUUUACUUUACAAAGAAUUUGAAGUUCGUGUUGAUGUAUGGGUGAUGCAAGAAUAUGGAGUCAAGGAAUCUUGGAAUAAACGUUUCUCCAUUACCCAAGAGAACGUUACCAGAAACGUUUCGUUGAGCCUAAUAUGGGACUUCAAGAACGGUGAUCAGAUUCUACUAGUGGGCGAUGAUUUGUUAGUUUAUUAUGAUGUGAACCGUAAAAUUGAGAGAAAAGUGAUGAUUCGUUGGGCUGGAAGUCUUAAAGGAGUAGAUAGUUUUGUGCCUAGCCUAGUCUCUCUUCACUCUGAUUAUAAUCCAUUAAUGUCAUCAUUAGCAUCAUCGCCAACAGAAACAUAUGAAUGCGAUGAGGCUGUUCAGAUGGAUUACCUAUCAAAUCCUUCAGAUUCUAUGCUUAGGAUCUUGGGCUCUUGUAAUGGCUUGCUUUGCGUAUACAGUGCUUGCUUACCUUGUGAUAUUACGAUUUGGAAUCCAUCUACUAAGGAGUACAAGCAACUACCUGAACCAUCAAACAGCUCAACCUAUAACAUCGAUUAUUAUGGGUUCGCCUAUGAUUUCAAGAUUGAUGAUUACAAGGUUGUAAGAAUCGUGGACUAUAUUCAGGAUCAGGAGGACCCUAUUAACUCUGAUGUUGAAGUUUAUACGUUACGUACGAAUGCAUGGAAAAGCAUUGGUUCCAUACCGUAUUAUUUUCCUAGUGAUAAAUAUUGCGGGGUGAUUGUGAACGGAGCUCUUCACUGGUUAGGAGUUGGAAUUGACGACGGCGAUGACCUCAUAGUAGCUUUUGAUAUUAGUGAAGAGACAUUCAAAGGGUUGGCAGUAGUAGAAGGGCCUAUGCUACAUGCACCAGAAAGUGAUGACGAGGUGGAUAAUAAUAGCUUGGGAGUCUUAGGAGGGUCGCUUUGUUUGCUUUUCAAGGAAUACGGUGAGCGUGUUGAUGUAUGGGUGAUGCAGGAAUAUGGAGUCAAGGAAUCUUGGAACAAACGAUUCACCAUUACCCAGGAUAUUGCUACAGAGAAUUACUCGUUGAGGCUAGUACGGGACUUCAAGAAUGGUGGUCAGAUUCUACUGAUGGCUGAUGAUUGCAUAAUUUAUUAUGAUGCGAAACGUGAUAGUGAAAAAGAAGUGGUGAUUCCUGGGGAUGGAAUUUUUGUAGGAGGAGACAAUUUUGUGCCUAGCCUAGUCUCUCUUUACUCUGGUACUUAUGUGCAAAGAAAGACGAGUUAAAUAUCAUAUGCACCUUCAUAUUGCCUUUUCCAUGGAAUCGCAAACGUUGAGGGCCAGCAACUGUUUGGGAGCUAGAGCAUUUUCUACUACCGG